AUGGAUUCCCUUACCACACACCCAUCCACCGCGCAACAGGCAAAGGCCUUUACAUCCCCAGCAUCCCUGUCAUUUCCAGGAGGUGCUGCGGCUGCUGAGCUCACGCCGCCUUCUGAGAAAGAGCCCAAUGGAAUGAACAAUGCUCAGGCAAACGGUCAGCAGGGGACCAAUAAUGGUGCUGCUCUGGCUACGCCUGCUGCAACUCCUGGUGUUGGCCCGGGUAAUGCUGAAAAGCAAAGAAACAUUGUUGCCACGGUCAAUCUCGACUGCCGUUUGGACUUGAAAACCAUCGCUCUGCACGCGCGAAAUGCGGAGUACAACCCAAAGCGUUUCGCUGCUGUCAUCAUGCGCAUUCGCGAGCCCAAAACCACGGCCUUGAUAUUUGCCUCUGGAAAAAUGGUUGUCACUGGCGCAAAAUCUGAAGAUGAUUCAAAGCUUGCUUCCAGAAAAUAUGCGCGUAUCAUUCAAAAACUUGGAUUCAAUGCCAAAUUUACUGAUUUCAAGAUUCAAAACAUUGUUGGAUCCUGCGAUAUCAAGUUUCCUAUUCGUUUGGAGGGCCUGGCAAGUCGCCAUCAUAACUUCAGCUCCUAUGAGCCAGAAUUGUUCCCCGGUCUCAUCUACCGUAUGAUGAAGCCAAAAAUCGUGCUACUCAUCUUUGUCAGUGGAAAAAUCGUCCUCACAGGUGCAAAAGUCCGAGAAGAAAUUUAUCAGGCUUUUGAAAUGAUCUACCCUGUGCUCACUGACUUCCGCAAAGUUUAA